GCGUCCACGUCCACCUGCAGAGUUGGUUCCUGUAGACCCACGAUGGGUGCCCAGGCUGAGCGAGACAGGUCUUCUCACUGUGGCUCGUCUUGCUGAGAGUGCUUUGGUGAAGCUAGACAGGUCUCUACUUUCAGCUCUCGUUGACAGAUGGAGACCUGAGACACACAUGUUCCACCUCCCUUGUGGGGAGAUGGCACCGACCCUGCAGGACGUUGCGAUGCUGCUUGGUCUUUCUAUCACCGGAGACGCUGUCGGGCCCCGCGUGGUACCUUCUACGUGGCUGGAGGAUCUUGAGGAACGUUUUGCAGGUGUUGCCACCACGAUUGAUCCUGAAGAUUUCAAUGAGCACCCACAGUCGAAAAGACCUUCCAAGUCAUGGCUCCUACAGUUUCAGGUACAAUUUCAUACAAAACGAUGUGUUGAUAUAUUUUAUGGCUUUGAAAUACCUCAUGUGUUUCUUAUUCUCAAUGUUCGUACUUCAUUGCAGCCGGAUCUGUUGGCAGCCGAUGCUGAUGAGUACAGUGUGACUAGAUCACUCAAGGCAUACCUGAUGUGGUUGUUUGGGUACAUCAUGUUCAACAACUCACACGGCCACUGUGUGGAUAGGGUGCUUCUGCCCUACGCACAGGAGAUCGCCGAUGCAGAUGAGGAUGCCAUACCCUUAUAUAGUUGGGGUUCAGCGGUUCUUGCAUGCACAUAUUGUGGACUCUGCAAGACAUCACGGCAGAAUGAUAGGAAUGCUGUCCUAACGGGGUGCCCAAUUCUGCUACAGUUUUGGUCUUAUGAGAGGAUUGCUAUCGGUCGUCCCAUGAUUGACCAGUCACCGUACAAGUCGGAUAUGUACGAAAACAUGGGCACAUGUACCGACCCGACGGUCUUAUCCUGA